CUUCAAGCGACAUUGCAUUGCAAAUCGCCACGUUUGGACGAGCCUUAAAAAAGUGUCUCGACCACCCUGUAUUGCUCGGUUUGGAGGCUUUAUCUACCAUUCGGACGAUGUUUCACAGCAGUGGGUGAACUGGCAAAGUUACGAUGAGUCGCAGAGGUCUAAAGCUGUACUAUGACUUCAUGUCGCAACCGUCCCGGGCCCUGUACAUCUUCUUGGGGACGAACAAAAUACCUUACACACCAUGCCCGAUCGCUCUGCGAAAAUUCGAAAAUAAAACUGAUCAGUACCGUGCCAACGUGAACCGCUUUGGUAAGGUACCGUGCAUCGCAGAGCACGGCGACUUUCGGCUGGCGGAGAGCAUAGCAAUCUUUCGUUAUCUGGCUCGCGAAUAUGAUGUUCCGGCGCACUGGUAUCCGCUUGGCGAUUCGCUACGGCAGGCGCGGAUCGAUGAGUACCUCUCCUGGCAGCAUCUAAACGUACGGGCCGCCGUCUCACUCUAUUUCUUCUACGUCUGGCUGGGCCCUGUAACGGGAAAAAACGUCGAACCGAGCAAAGCGGAUCGCUUGAAGCAGCGAAUGGUCGAAGUACUGAACUUCUUUGAGAACGAGCUGCUGCAGGAUGGUCCGAGUGGACCAUCGAUAACCGGUAGCGGUAUCACCGUGGCCGAUCUUUCUGCGGCGUGUGAAAUCGAACAGGCCAAAGUGGUCGGCUAUGAUCCCUGUUCCGAUCGGCCGCGUAUGGCACAGUGGAUGGCCGCCGUCCGUGCGGCCACGAAUCCAUUCUACGAUGAGGCACAUCGGACCGUGUACCGGCUUGCACCGGAACAUAUCCAGACCCCAGUGGUUCCGGAAGACUCCUGAAAAGCCAUGCGAUCAUUAUUGCAAUCCUGCAAUCGGAAAUAAAUUAACGUGCGAUUAACAAAUUAAAUUUGCGAAUCUGAUUAACCGAACUUGGUACAGGUAGCAAAUGGGCGAUUUAGUUGGUUUUCAUGCGAGUGUUAGAAUUAACCACCAAAAAAAUUUGCCGGACAAUA